AUGCCUCGAGAAAGAACCAAGAGACCUAAUAAUAGUCGAGCUAGAGGUGUUAUGACCCAUCAGUUUACAAGUUCUAGAAAUGGCAUGACUACUAGUCGUGCUCGAGAUGGUAUGACUCAUCAAACUGCAAGAUCUAUAAAACAAUCUGAGGAUCAUGAAAAUGAUAUUUACGAAGACUAUGAUUACAAAGAUUACAUAGACGUUGAUCAAGAUAAAGAUGUUCAGGAAUCUUUCGAUGAAACUUAUUCACUUAAAACUUCAAAUGUAAAUCGAAUUCAAUAUAUUCAAAAUGAUAUCUCAGCUGUUACAAUUUGUCAAACCAUAAAUCAAAGAAUUUUACCUGCUGCAAAUGUACAAGUAACCAAUACUAUACAAAAAAAUACUCGAGGUUCUUUAAGUUUUCCUAUUACAACCUAUAGUAGAAAUAGAAGUGUAGAUAAAGAAUCUUCUUCUAAAUAUCAUGAUAAAAGAUCUCAUAUCAAUGAUUUCAAUAAGAUAUUAUUUGAAGUUUUUAAACAAAAAGAGUCAUUAAGCGAGAUCCAACCAGAUUUAAACAAGCAAAUUGUUCAAAAAGAUAUCAAUGAAGCAAAGAUUUUAUUUUUGAGAUCACAUGAUCUUUCAACUGUUGCGUACAAUACAUUGUUAAAAUCAAUAGCUCUAGGAUUUUCUGAAAAUAGUAAAAUGAUAUCCUUUCUCAAAAUGAAAUUAAGUUCAUAUUUUGCAGAUCACCAAUCCUGUUUAAACACUAAAGCUAGGGUCUAUGCUGAAGAUUACAUUAAUAAUAACGAUGUUGAAGAUUUGGCUUCAUACGUAGAUGAUACUGUCAUUUUUCAAUGUAUUAAGAAUCUGAUGGCUCAAAUUACUGAAGAAUGGUGGGAGGAUGAUACUGAUAGUGUGGAUGUUUUUAGAUUUUUCAUCGCAACAAUUAUAAGAAUUCAUAUUAUUAACGUUUUAAAAUGCAAUGAUGAUUCUCACCUUACUAAUACAUCAGCAUUAAACGAGAUCAAGACGCUUAAUUAUAUAACCUGCGAACUUCAUCUUCCUCAUAAUAAUUCUACAAAUUAUGCAAAUGAAAUUGGUGCAAAUUUAUUAAAUAAUUCUUUAAGUCAAGACCAAAUCCAUGAUCGUAAAUGUAGGCGUAGUCGUGGACAAGAACAUAGUAGAGAUUUCAGAAGAAAUAGUAGAUAA